CGACUUCCACCUAGAAAGCAUGAUAGGUUAUUAUAUAAUUUCCUCCAUAAAUUCUGCUCAUGCGCAGCCUCUGUUUAGAUCAUAACUUGAAAACACAAAAUUUUAUAAAAGAAGAAGAAGAAGAAGAAGAAGAAGAAUUUGAUCAUUCUAAUUUGCAAUGGCUGAGAAGAGCAAGGUUUUGAUCAUUGGAGGCACAGGCUACAUUGGCAAGUUCAUUGUUGAAGCCAGCGCAAAGGCUGGCCAUCCAACCUUUGCCCUUGUCAGAGAGGCCACGGCCAACGACCCUGCCAAGUCCACCCUCAUUCGCAAUUUCAACAACUUGGGUGUCACUCUGCUCUACGGGGAUCUUUAUGACCAUGAGAGCUUGGUGAAGGCGAUCAAACAGGUGGACGUGGUGAUAUCAACUGUAGGUCACUUGGUACUUGCUGACCAGACCAAGAUCAUUGCUGCCAUUAAAGAAGCUGGAAAUGUCAAGAGAUUUUUUCCGUCGGAGUUUGGAAACGAUGUGGACCGUGUGCAUGCAGUGGAGCCAGCUAAGUCUGCAUUUGCAACCAAAGCCCAAAUCCGGCGUGCCAUAGAGGCGGAGGGCAUCCCCUACACUUACGUGUCCAGCAACUGCUUUGCUGGCUAUUUUCUGCCCACUUUGGCACAGCCAGGCGUCAGUUCUCCACCCAGAGACAAAGUCAUUAUCUUAGGGGAUGGAAAUCCAAAGGCUGUCUUCAACAAGGAAGAGGACAUUGGAACUUAUACCAUCAGGGCCGUUGAUGACCCAAGAACAUUGAACAAGAUUGUCUACAUCAAGCCACCCGGAAACAUUUACUCAUUCAAUGAGCUUGUUGCCUUGUGGGAGAAGAAGAUUGGCAAAGUCCUUGAAAAGGUCUAUGUUCCAGAGGACAAGCUUCUCCAGGACAUCCAAGAGGCCCCAAUUCCAAUCAAUGUGAUAUUAGCAAUCAACCACUCAGUGUUCGUGAAGGGAGAUCAUACCAACUUCGAGAUCGAGCCAUCGUUCGGAGUGGAGGCUUCUGAUCUGUACCCUGAUGUCAAGUACACCCCUGUGGAAGACUACCUCGACCAAUUUGUUUAGAAACUACUAAGACACUGCUGCUAAGCUGUUUACUGAAUUAUCUCAGAACAAUAAUAAUUUAAUUUUAAGUACGUGAUUGUUGUUUGAGCGAAAUAGAAAGUGUUUGUGCCGUACGAGUUUCCUGUCUUCUUAAUAUCAACACGAACCUGGAUGGAGUUUGUUUGUGAUGAAA